AUGCCGGCGUUCAUCGCACGGCGAUCAGACGAGGAGGAUGUGAGCGCCUACAAGUCACAUCGGGGAAGCGAUCUGCACGCAGUGCUUGCCACGAUCUCUCUGGCCAUUUCCGCCUUCAAAAGCUAUAAAACAUGGCCCACAAUGUUCCAAUCGCUUUAUCCGCCCGUACAUCUUUGUCCUCCCCUACUCUCGCUCUCCACCAUGGAAUACACCAAUUUGAACCUCGAUUGUGACCCUGCGUUCGACGGGCUACCAUGUGCGGCCUUUUCUGACGCGUCUUCUAUCAUCUCCGACGAGUCCUCAAACUCCUCAUCACGGAACUUUAAUGCUGCCCCCAUGUACUACACUCCGUCCACCGAGCUCAGGCUCACGACCCCACUCGGUUCCUCGCCGGCCUUCCCCUUCCAUGGCCACACCCUCGAUAAUGAAGUCUCGCUGCCGAUGAUGCAUUUCGCUGGCCACAGACUCACAGACCAGCCACCCAUCUUCUCCGGUGGCCCCUUCCACGUCAACGAUCUGGCCACCUGCUCUUCCUACCCCCUAGUCGCCACCUUCCUCGGCGCCUCGCCUGGUCACCAUUGUGACCCGCUCUCUGCGACAAUCCAUCCAUCUUCAUCGCUACCUGCCGGUACCUCACCUUCACCCUCUCUGGUCGCGCCUCUCGCUUCACAAAAUAAGUCCUCACAUACCAUCGGCCAGGAGCUGCCGUCAGAAUCAGAGCUGGCCACCUACCUUUCCUACGCCGGUGUAUCCGAGGCGUAUCCCAUAUACAUUGCCUCUCAGCACUACUACCAGCCCUCAGUGGCUGUUGAUCCUUCCCCACCGCUUCCUGUGGCCCGCUCGCCGCCACCCCUACACGCGCCCGUGGCCCCUCGCUCAUCUCGCACAUCACGCGGAAAACGAGUCAACAUCAUCACGCAACAGCCGGCCUGGGGCUCGGAGCAAGGUGCGGAGGGAGAACCCAAGCAUGACGGCUCAGACGGUGAGUACGUACCUUCGCCACCUGCGCUCCGACGGAAGAGCGCGCGCACGAGACAUACGCACAGGUUCAUGCCGUACACGCGCGACGCCUCGCCCGUCGCGUUGUUGCCGUCACAACCGCAGUUCCGACGGACGAUGCAGCGCAAUGCACAGUUUGCCGGCCCCUUGCUCGCGCUGCCGCAAGGUGCCACCAAGUGCCCGUAUUGCGGGAUGAACUCAACACGGCCUUCAGAUCUGAAGCGACACAUCCGGACGCACACAGGAGGAUGCAGGUGGUUGUGCGGCGGGCUACCCAAGGUAGAUGCGAUCCGCGCUGGGGUCAGUGUGGAGGGCGUGCUGCCGUACAUGCACAAUGGCGUAGAGUACUAUGGCGGAUGCAUGAAUGAGUUCAGUCGCUCCGAUUCCUUCCGGCGCCAUCUGAAGGAUUCGAAGUGGUACUGCGUUGGGAGUGUCACAACGCAGUACAACUUGGAGCGUUCAGAUAACACCGACAAUGCGGAUGACGGGGGAUGA